UUAAUGAAGACAAAUAUGAAGCUGAAGGUGUCUUUGAUACAUCCAAAACUAUUAAUGAUGAAUUGGGAGGCACUAUUUAUUAUUCAGCCAGUUUCCAUCCAAUCAUUCCCCUUAAUAAUGUGACUAUUACAGAAACGGAGAAAAAGGUCGAUUUAGCAGAGCAAACAGAAAGGGUCGAAGUAGUUGAAAAUACUAAUGUUUUGAAUUAUACAUCUGGAAUUUUAACUAUAAAAUUUGUUCAAGCUAAUAUUGAAAAAAAAGAUAUAUCAUUGGAAUUAUAUGUAGAUAAUGAUGAAUUCCCUGUUUACAAUACAAGUCGUUCCAGAUCUUCGAAUCCUUGUUGGAAUGAAGGUGUUGCUAAAAUUUUUGUGAAGGAACUUGGGUAUUCCAGAAUUAGAUUAUAUGUCAAAUCAGGAGAAGGGAAAAGACCAAUUGGUACAAUUGUACAUGAUAUCAAAAAAUUAAUUGAAAAUUCUCAAUCGUCAACAGAUGGCAGUUGGUUAAAAGCUCCUGAACUAGAAAAUGCCCAAUUUAAUAUUUCUGUGAAUUAUCUUCCCGUAAAAUAUGAAUUGGAUCCUUCUGAAAGUUUAAAAAAUAUGGGUCGGUUAUCAAUAACCAUCAAUAGCGCUAAAAUAUUAGAAGAAGUUUGUAAAUCAGGCAGUAUUGACGCAUAUUUAUUUUUUAUACUUAACGGCGAAAAGAUUUUUAAAUCAAAAACAAUUAAGCAAUCAUUAAAUCCUGUUUUUGACGAGAAAUUUGAAGCAAAAAUUGUAACAAAUUUUGAAUUGGAGGUGAUUGAUUGGAAUCAAAUUGCAGCAGAUGAGAAAUUGGCUGUUGGAAAGAUUCCAAUUGAUGAUCUUGAACCAACCAAACUAACAGAGAAAGAGAUCCCUAUUACUAGUAUCAAGGAUCCAAAAAUUUCAUAUGGAACUGUUUAUUUGGAAUUAUUAUUUACGCCUGAUUUUUUGGACAAAGAAACACGACAAAGAGGACCUAUUAAUGGAGCAAAAAGAACUCUAUCUGGAAUUGGUAGCACGGCCAUUUCAGGUGGAGAUAAAAUCCUUAACGCGGGUAGUAGCAUAGUUGGUACAGUAGGUAGUGGAAUAGGGUCAGUAGGUGGUUUUUUUAAUAAAAGAAAUAGUGGUGGUAUUGAUCCACAUAAAAAUGGAGAAGUUACUUCAGGAUCUAUAAAUCCCGAGUUAAAUGGAUCUAGAAAAAAUUCAACUAAAAGUGUUAAUCAAUCGGAAGAAAAUAUUGGUAUACCUGGUACCUUGACAUUAUCUAUUCCUGAAGCGAAAGAAUUACUUCCUACUAAUAAAAGCGGCUUGAGUGAUCCUUAUUUCAAGGUUAAAAUAGACAAAAAACAGAUAUUCAAAUCUGAUGUGAUAAAGAAAAAUCUAUCUCCUCAAUGGAAAUCUUCAAAAGUUCAAAUUCCAAAUAUAACUGGUGGACCAAUAACAUUACAUAUCUUUGUUAAAAAACAUCAUCUAGUUGGUAAAGAUGAAGAUAUUGGAGAGUAUGAUUUGAAUUUGUGGGAACAUAUUAAACCAGGUGCCUUUACAGAAGAUACGUGGGUAAAUUUAACAAAAGUUAAUCGCGGUAAAUUACAUAUUAAAUUGGAUUAUAAACCAAAAGAUAAUUGA